UUUCACUCAUUCGCACUAGUCCACUAUAAUCAUCCAAAUGUCCUUCCGGUCAGCCGUGUAUAUCGCCCCCCCAGCGCCCUUCAAAACCCCCAAUGGCAAAGAAGGCCUCUGGUCUCCCAUCGCCUGCACCCUCAUCUACUCACCCACAGAGGCAGUCCUCGUGGACACUCCUAUAACUAUAAAGCAAACCCAGGAGUUGAUUUCCUGGAUUGAUCGCAUCGCCCCGAAGCGGAAGCUCUCCUAUAUCUAUAUAACCCACGGCCAUGGCGACCACUUCUUCGGUCUUCCAACACUGCUAGAACGCUUCCCCAAUGCAAAAGCCGUUGCAACUCCUGGGACAAUCGCCCACAUGCAGUCCCAGAUCGAAGAGAAGGCCUUCCAUGCAACAUGGGAGAGUCGUUUCCCCAAUGGCCAGAUCCAGCGUCCGUUUGUGCUAGCGCAGCCUUUGCCAUCUAACAAGCAAUUCACUCUGCCGAAGGAUAGUGCUGGUAGUGGUGGAUAUGCCUUCCACGCCAUCGAGACAGGGCACUCAGACACCCAUGACUCUACUAUCCUGUGGGUGCCGGAUCUACGUCUCGCGGUGUGCGGGGAUGUUGUCUAUGGCCAGGUGCAUCAGAUGCUUUUUGAAGCGAACACGGCUGCAAAGCGCGAAGAGUGGAUUCGUGCUAUUGAAACGGUCGAGGCUCUUGAUCCGUUGUAUGUCGUUCCUGGGCAUGUACAGGAGGGUGAGAUUCCUGGGGUCUGGCAUUUGGCCAAUACCAAGCGGUAUAUUCGGGAUUUUGCCAGCGUGCUAGAGACGAAGCCCAAGUCGCCGAAGGAUAUCACAAACGCCAUGGUUAAGUUGUAUCCGGAUCGGUAUAAUAUUGGGGCAGUUAUUAUGAGUGCGAUGGGGGCGUUUCAGGCUGCGAAGGAGGCUCGCAUUUAAUAGCUGUCUAUAUGGAUAUAGAUACGUUUAUU